AUGGCGUCCUUCUACCCGGUCAAGAAGGACCGGGAGGGGCCACUGGACGUGUCGGUUGUGGCAGGGACUCUGCGCGCCGCGGCAGUCAAGCAGGAGCAGGUGGCGAGAAGGCUCGCUGCACCCAGCACGCCUGGGCAGCUCGCCCACAGGGCACUGGUGGCGAAGGAGAACAGCCUGGCAGAUGUGCUGCGGGUCGCGGGGCAGCUCGCGAGCGAGUUCGACAGCAACAAUGUCGCCACUGCCAUCCACAAGGUCGCGCAGCACUGCAAGCGGGAGUCUCCGAGCGGCGGGCAGGUCUUGGAGACAGCGAUGGCGUCGGCUGCCACGUCCGCCGCCGUCCGCGGCGACCCGCGCUUCCAGCAGCUGCUGUCUCGGGCCGUGCCCGCGGCGUCGGAGUGGAGGCCGCGGCAGCUGUGCCACGCGGCGUGGUCUCUGGCGGUGCUCUCGGGUGGGCAGAGCCAGGCCCUCGAGAGCAUCUGCGACGCGUUCGCCGCGAGGGGUGCCGCGGAGGGGGUGCCGCAGGACAUCUCCACGUUCGCCUGGGCGCUCGCGGCCCUGCCGUGCAACCACGAGGCAGCCCUUGCCGCCGCGCAGCAGGCCGCAGCCGCGCGCCUGGAGGAGUUCUGCCCUCAGGACCUCGCCAUCACCGCCUGGGCCUACGCCAAGCUGCUGCACGGUGGCCGCAGGCCGCUUCUGGCCGCGAUAGCGGCCGAGUCCCUGCGCAGGCUGCCUGACUUCAGUGGGCGAAACUUGGCUAACGUGGCAUGGAGCUUUGCCACCUCUCAGCAGCGCCCCCUGGACUUAUUCGAGGCACUCGUGGAGCAGUGCGCAAGCCGCACCCGGGAGCUUGGCGCGCAGCAGCUGCCCAUCACCUUGUGGGCCUUCGCUGCGGCAGGAUAUCCGGCAGACGAGGUGUUCGAAGCUGCAGUAGAGCAGGCGGACGCCCUCGACGAGGGGCGGGCGGGCGUGCGCCACGAGCAGCUCCUCGGCGGCAUCGCGGAGGCCGCCGCGAGGCAGCGCCUGGAGCCCCAGCACCUCGCCUCCAUCCGGGGCGCCUCGCGGCGUUUGGACUCCACGGGUGCGCACCGCACAAUGGAGGACUGGCCUGUAGAGGGGCACGCGCGGAUCAUCUGGUCCCUGGCCGCCCUCGCAGUGGGGCCGGGCGCUUGCCAGCUUGCCAGCGCCAUCGAGGAGUGCAUGCCGAGGUCGCAGGGCAGGUGGGACCCGCGGCACGUGGCGGGCGCGCUCUGGGCGUUCGCCGUGCUGCCGCAGCCGCACCCGCGCCUGGCGGGCUGCCUGCUGGACGCGGCCACGCAGGGCGGGCUCGAGACUCUGGCGCGAGACGGCCCGGCGCACCUGGCGUCUAUCGUGUCGGCCGCGGCGCGCCUGGGCGCCCGCGCGCACCCGGGCCUGACGAGGUCGCUGAGCGCGAGCCCAGGCGAGCUGAUGGACGAGCUCGUGGGCGCCGGCGGCUCUGCCAGCGAGCUGAGCGAGGGCAGGCAGCAGAACAUCGCGGCGGUGGUCCGCACCCUGUACGACCUCGGGCUCGCGGGGGUGGCGCGGGCCGCGCUCGCGCGUGUGCAGGAGAGGGGUGCGGAUCCGGGCCUGGAGGCCUGGGCGGCGUGGCUGUGCGGGGCCGCUGGGGAGGGGGACGCUGAGUUGGAGGCGCAGGUGUGGGAGGCAGUGGCCGCCUCCUGCGACGGCCGCCGCUCGACAGCCGCACGCAACGCGGCAGCUGCUUGUGCCUUGGCUGCUGGCAGGGCAGACCUGGCAGCGUCGGCCCUCGGGCGCAUCGGCGUCGGAUCGGACGCCAUCUCGGUGCACCUGCAGGCGCGGGCGGGCCUGAGGGCGCAUAAGCCAGCCGAGGUCGGCAAAGGCACGGUGCCCUCCUCGCCGAGAGGGGAGUAUCGCCACGAGCUCCAGGUGGUGCUGAAGUUAGUCGGCUCUACGCCUGCCGGCGACUGCCGACAGGUGCUGCGGGCGGCGGAGGACUGCGGGGACCCGGAGGCGCCCAGCGUGCUGGGCCUGGGCGCCGGCCCGCGGGGCGCGGCGUUGGACGCGGCGCUGGCAGCCGCGCUUGUCGCCGGCGGUGGCGGUGCUGGGUCGCAGCCUCUGAUAGUGUUGGUUGGCUCGUGUGGCUCCGCAUGCGCGGCAGUGCGGGCGGCAGCCGUCCUCUCACAGCAUGGCGGUGGCCGAGUUGUGGUGUUCGAAGCAGACGCCCUGAGAGCUGCGAUCGCCAUUGGUCUGUUGGAAUGGGCCGGCUUGUCCGGGUCCGCCCGCGUGUGGGUGGGGCGCGGUGAGCAGCUGUUCCCGCGACUCGGGCGCGAGUUCGGCGCCGGCAGCGUGCUCGUGCUGGCGCUGGGGCCGCAGGUCGGGGGUUCGUAG